UCUGACUUCCACGUGUUAUUAUUUACCACGCGCGGUAAUUUUCGCAUUUCAUUUUAAGAUUUUUAAAAUUAAUGGUUAUAAAUAAAUAUCUUGACGAUAUUACAUACACAUAAUGGGACGUAAAGCAGAUUUUAGUGAGAAGCCAAAAAAAGGACCAGGGCGUAAAGCACGGAAACAAAAGGCACCGACAUUCCCUAAGAAGUCAUUCGCUCCUAUUGAUGACAAGGAGGAUAAGAAACUAUCACAUCGUCAAAAGCAACGUCUUAAUAAGCGAGUACAGAAAAAAGAAUUACGAAAAGCGAAACCCCAGAAGGCUGAACUAAAAGCAAAUAAAAGUAAUGGCAGUGAUAGUAAACAACAAAGGCCUAAAUAUAGUAAGGAAAGCAAGGAUGAGGAAGUCACUGAUGAAAAACAAACCAAUGGUUCAUGGGUAGUUGAAAACACUAAUGGAGUCAAAGGAGUAAAAAAGGCAGUAAAAAAUGAGAAGGGCGAAAAGAAAACAAAAUCCAAAGGGUUUACAGACGAGAAUCAGAAAUGGCUGAAACCAAAACAAUCUAAAAAGGGAGCGAAGUUCGUUAAAGAGGAUAUUCCCGAUGAAGACGAAGGAGAAGAAGAGGAUGAAGUUGACUCUGAGCAGGAAGACGAUGAGGAAAGUAAUGAGGAGGCAUCUGAAAUUGGUGAAGAAGGUGAAGAUAGUGGAAAUCUGAAAGUCGGCAAAUUAGCCGAUAUGUCUGACAGUGAUGACGAGGAUGCAAAUUCAGAUGAUGAUUUCGAUGUAUCUGAUGCGGAAAGUAAGAGUACGGACGCAUUAGGCAGCGACGAUGAUGCUGAUGAGGUUGACGAUGAUCUGUUACCAAUUGAAAAGGCAAAUAAAAAACUGAAAAAACGUAAAACAAAAGAAGCUAAAUUGGCAGCGAAAGAAAUGCAGAUGUCCGUUGACUCACAAGAGGUUUUUAAAUUCCCGGAAGAAAAUGACGAGGAACAGAAAGAACUAACACUUCAAGAAGUUCAACAACGUAUUAAAGAUAUUACGUUGGUAUUAUCCGAUUUCAAUAAAUAUCGUCAACCAAACCGAUCGCGUACGGAAUACUUGGAUCUACUACGACACGAUCUUUGCAUCUACUAUAGUUACAAUGAUUUUCUAAUGGGAAAACUAAUUGAUAUGUUUCCACUUACUGAGCUCAUGGAAUAUCUGGAAGCAUCAGAGGUUCCUCGUCCACUCACAAUUCGCACGAAUUCACUGAAAACUCGUCGACGGGAUUUAGCUGCGGCUUUAAUUAAUCGCGGCGUCAAUCUAGAUCCUUUGGGUAAAUGGACUAAAGUAGGUUUAGUCGUCUAUAAUUCGCAAGUGCCACUUGGUGCCACGCCCGAGUAUUUGGCUGGUCAUUAUAUGAUACAAGGUGCUUCGUCAAUGUUGCCAGUUAUGGCAUUGGCACCACAAGAAAACGAACGUAUUCUAGAUAUGUGUACAGCGCCUGGUGGCAAAGGUUCGCAUAUUGCUGCUAUUAUGAAAAAUACAGGUGUUCUCUUUGCGAACGAUGCCAAUCGAGAACGCAUAAAAGCGGUAGUAGCCAAUUUCCAUCGUCUGGGAAUAAUAAACGCCAUCGUCAGCUGUGAAGACGGAUGUAAGUUCCGCAACGUAAUGACCGGUUUUGAUCGCGUUCUCUUAGAUGCGCCUUGCACAGGUACCGGGGUUGUCGCCAAAGAUCCAAGUGUGAAAUCAACAAAAAAUGAGAUAGACGUACAGCGUUGUUAUAAUCUACAACGUAAGUUGUUGUUAACGGCUAUUGACUGUGUAGAUGCUAAAUCGAAAACAGGUGGAUAUAUUGUGUACUCAACGUGUUCGGUGCUACCCGAAGAAAAUGAAUGGGUAAUUAAUUAUGCGCUCCAGAAGCGUAAUGUUAAACUUGUACCAACAGGUUUAGAUUUUGGCGUUGAAGGUUUCACAAAGUAUCGACAGUACAGAUUUCAUCCUAGUCUCAAUUUGACACGUCGUUAUUAUCCUCAUACGCAUAACAUGGAUGGUUUCUAUGUGGCAAAACUUAAAAAGUUUUCAAACACCAUACCGUUGCCUAAGGAGCAGCAGGAAGAGGACGAAAAGGAAUUGGAUGAACCACUAGGCACUGCGGCGGUGAAUGUGAAUGAAGAACCUUCAAUUGUUAAGGAACAGGAAGAUGAAGAAAAUCCAAAGCGAAAUCUUCUCGGCAAGCGUGCUGGCAAACCAAGCCUUUCGGAAGUUGAAAUGGAUUUGAAGAAGAAAAAACUGGAACAAAGCAAGACUAAAUAUGUUGCGAAUGUAUUUGAAAAGCCAGUAAAAGUAACUAACAAAAAAGUGAAUAAAAAAUAAUGUGUAAUAAACCACGUUUUUAUAACUGGACUAAACA